CACAGCUUUGGUUGCAGUAAUAAGAGGAAACCGGGAUUUUACUAGCGGGGAAUUGGCCAAAUUAAAGAUAUCAUGCUGCUGCUGUUAUAUCACUCUCACAUCUGGCCUCAGGGUGAUUGCCCGGGGCGCCAUCAUCGUGCGUGCUGUCGGUGCGGUCAGCCCGAAGGUAACAGGGCGCACGUUUUGGUCAGACGGUCCAGUGCGCACGAACCAUGAGUGCGUCGUUGCCCGGAGCGCCAAACUUUCUCCAACUACGCGCGGAAGUGUGUAGUAUCGCACUGAAGGUGGUGACGCUUUGCUGAAGAUCCCUGGCACCCUGCUGCUGAUUCUGGUUUCUGAGCCUCCCACCUGUGCAUUUGUGUGUGUGUGUGUGUGUGUGUGUGUGUGUGUGUGUUCGGGUAGUUGGGAGACUGUGUUAUCCUGGGAUACCAAGGCUUCAUGGUGGCGGAGCUGCAGCCAUGGACGUGGCCCUGGUAGACUUUGAGAGCCUAGGUAAUCUUAACGGCAGCUCUGAGGAUGAAGUGGACACCUACGCUGAUGAGACCACCGCUCUCGCGGUGGACAUGCCGGAGCACGGCAGCCCAGGCAGCAACCGCCUCCUACGGGCCUCUCACCUCACCUCCUGCUUUUGGGAAUCCACCUCGUCGAUGCCCAUUCCACAGACACAGACGCUGGAGGUUCCCCAGUCCCCGAACACGCCGACUCUAAGCAGACAAGGUCACAGCAGCUGCGCCAGUAUGAUCUCCAACUGGAAACUGCUGCUGAACAGUGAGAGCGCUAAGGAGAGCGAGACGAUCUUCAGCCGGCUGGCAAAGGAGUGCUGCGAGGAUUUGUUUGUAGAUAAAAAAGGGCUGGACGACGGAGAUCAGAAAGUCAUCAUCAACAUCGCCGGCCUUCGUUUUGAGACGCAGCUCAAAACGUUGGAUCAGUUUCCCGAGACGCUGCUGGGCGAUCCUUCAAAAAGGAUGGACUACUUUGAUCCGAUGAGGAAUGAGUACUUCUUUGAUCGGAACCGACCGAGCUUCGACGGCAUCUUGUAUUAUUACCAGUCAGGGGGUAAGAUCAGGCGUCCGGCCAACGUUCCUUUGGAUGUGUUUGCAGAUGAAAUCGUGUUCUACGACCUUGGAAUCGACGCCAUGGAGCAGUUCAGAGAGGAUGAGGGAUUCAUAAAGGAUGUUGAGAUCCCUCUACCCAACAAUGAUAUGUACAGGCAAUUCUGGUUGCUGUUUGAGUACCCAGAGAGCUCAAAUGCAGCCCGAGGUGUAGCGCUGGUGUCCAUUUUUGUUAUUGUCAUAUCUAUCUUUAUUUUCUGCCUGGAAACGCUACCAGAAUUUAGAGAUGAGGCCGACCCAAUUGUUUCCACAGCGUUACGGCCUGUCAACCAGUCUAGAAUUCACAAUUCUGGGGCUCCGUUUGGUGAAAAGCCCACAACUUUCUCCGACCCGUUCUUCCUCAUCGAGUCUGCCUGCAUUGCUUGGUUCUUCUUUGAACUGUGUGUGAGGUUUGUGGUCUGUCCCAGCAAAAGGGAAUUUUUCAACAACAUCAUGAACAUCAUUGACAUUAUAUCCAUAAUCCCUUAUUUUAUUACCGUGCUUACAGAACUGAUCACAACGCCACAAGAGAACUCAGGCCAGAACAUGUCUUUGGCCAUCCUGCGUAUCAUCCGUCUGGUGCGGGUGUUUCGCAUAUUCAAGCUCUCACGUCACUCCAAGGGGCUGCAGAUCCUGGGGCAGACCCUGAAGGCCAGCAUGCGUGAGCUUGGCUUGCUGAUCUUCUUCCUCUUCAUCGGGGUCAUCCUCUUCUCCAGUGCGAUCUACUUUGCCGAGGUGGACGAGCCGAACACGCAGUUCGUUAGCAUUCCUGACGGCUUCUGGUGGGCUGUUGUUACCAUGACAACUGUAGGCUACGGGGACAUGUGUCCCAUUACCAUGGGGGGGAAAAUGGUCGGCACCUUGUGUGCCAUCGCGGGUGUGCUGACUAUCGCUCUGCCGGUUCCCGUCAUUGUCUCCAACUUUAAUUACUUCUAUCACAGAGAGACGGAGGCAGAAGACCAGUUGCCCUCGAAGGAGGCUGCCGACCAAGCAAUGAAUGCUGAUACAGCUGCCAAAGAGAGUAGCAGCAUUUUACUCAGUAAAGCCAACGGCAUCUGAAGGACCAACAAAGGGAAAUAACAAAUUAGAAUUAUUAUAACCAUUAUAAUACUAAGACUUUUCCACAACGUGAGAAAUGUCAAUACGAGGACGUGACAUGCUGUGAUUUUAACUCAAAUAAGUGUCUAAUGGGAUUAAUGAGAUCAAAUAUUUGUACUUAGUUUGAUAUGGUUAUCGAUAAAUUAUGCGACUUACCUAUUUUGUGUCUAAUUUAAAAAUGAAAAGACCAGCUGUACAAUUCAGCUAUGUUCUUGUUCAGGGUUGUAUGUCAGUGUAGAUUUAGGACUCUUCUUGCAUAGGAACAUAAUGGAAUACAACGCAAUGUACCUGUCAGGGUCCUCAAUUAGUAACUUGUCUAUAGUUUGAGUUUUACCCAACUGUAUUUAAUCAUUUAAAACUGAAUAGCUGUUGUAUUCUAUUAUCUUCUUUGAUGAGUAGCGUGGAUAAUAAUACUCCACUAAAAUCAUUAACCAAACUCUAUGAUAGUGGGGUGCCUUAAUUUAUGUUAAUAUAUUGUUCACUUUGCCAUACAGUACAUCAUUUCACUGUAAUACAUGUUUAUGAUGCACAUGUGCUCAGUAUUUUUGCUGGUUUCGCUUGGUUGAAAAUGCAGAUGUUCGAUUCCUGCUUUUGAGUUAUUUUCCACAAUUCUGUCAAACAAAGAAAUGCAUUCUGACCAUGAAUGCAACGCAUAUCUAGAGUGGAUCCCAUUUGUUCUACGCUCAUGAUAAACAUUUUUGUCAAUUACUGUUACUGGUAUUGUUGAAGUUUUUAUUUCAGAGACACCGUGAUCAGAAUACUGAAAUUGAAAGCUUAAAGUACGAAGCCAAAGAUAAUUGUUGAAUAAAGGGACCUGUUAUGAGGCAGCACGCACCACAAUGUCACAUGGUAUUUUUUAUUUUUGGAGGGCCAUGUGUUAAUUAUGCUGUAUCGGUUUAAUCUUCUGGUGGUUUGUUUGAUGAGUAUUUAAUUUGUAACACAUUUUAUGGUGAUGAUAGGAUUCUUGGGAAGAAGAAAAGGGAAAAAUCGAUUGGGAUCCAGGAAUAUGAUUAAAAAAACAACAGACCUCUGAACUUUGUGGCCGAGCAUAUGAUCAAAGAUUUUGUUAAUGUGUAUGUGCAUUCUGUGUGUUUUUCGACAAUGAUUUCUUUUUAAGAUAAACCCUCACCUGUAACGUCACUGUCAUGAUGUAUAGUGUAUUCAUGGUGUAUUACACCAACAAGGACGUUACACUGUAUUUGUAUAAACCAUAACAGUUCGAUAAAAGGUUUUAUUAUUGUAUGCAACAUAUUCUUGAUAUUUAAAUCAUGUCCUCUCCUGUUUAAUGUGAGCUGAUGUGUUAAUAACAACAACAAUAGGAUGCCAGUCUUCGGUUGACAUGGAGCACUGAUGUUAAUUCCUGUUACUUCACCCGAUUUCACCCACUUUUCUCUGGGCUCACGUCAACACCUCCUCUCAGGCCCACGAAGGCGCCUGGACUAAACGUAUACAUUCAGUAAAUAUCAGUAAUAUUUAUUUACUAUUUUUCAGAUGACACAAAAGUCACCAACGGGAUACUACAUUUUUUUCUGUUGGGUAUUUUGCAAAGACGUUGCUGCAGUAUAAUCAACCAAAUGAAAUGAAAUGAAGAAGUGCUGUUGGUGAGUAAUCGUGCAGGGAAAAAAUGGUUCAGAGUAAAGGACAUAUGUACAUGUCCACCACACAACAGAUAGCAGACAUCUCAUGAUGACACGAGGGACAGCGACGCCAUUUCAGCAUUUUAAUAGAAACGUUUCAGUUAACAGUUUUAAUGUGCUUGUGUGAAACCACCCAUGGUUUUAAUGCUAAAUUAGGCGAAAAUGUGUAAUCUGUUUGUGACUAAUUAACACAAAACACUGUGCCGCCACAUACCACAAUAUUCAUACUUUAUUUUCCAUGUUCAUGCAGAAUAGGUGAUUCAGGCACUAUGUUACAUUUACUCUUGUAACAUUUCUGAUGAAAUUCAAAACGUUUUGAUUUGCAAAAAAAGUCUAAUUAGCAUUGCAGAUUAACACAAGCACAGUGCAGUAAAACCAGUUGCAUUACGGCCAGGAAAACCUAAACCUAUACACGAAACCUAAAUCUCAAACAAAUAUAUGACCCAGAUUAUUAAUAAAGGAAUCAGGUCCGUCCGAGGACAGAGAAUGAAAACGGAGCUGGCGCUGAAAAGAGAGAACGGGGAGAUAAAUGACUCUGGGGAGAAGACGGGAGUUGAGUUCACACGCUAUACGGCGUCGCUGGUAAGACACCGCUGGCCACAUAGAUAAGUUACAAGCAAGGUCGGACAGAGGUUGGACACAAACACAUCUGCGUUAACACACACACACACA